UCUCAAACACUUUCUUAGGACUCAGGGUGACCUGUUCAUUCUCUAUGUCUUGUCACAAUGCAAAUUCACUUGUGUUCAUCCACCAAAGGGGCAUCCAAGGAGCCACCACAAACUCCAACCAGCCUCACAAAGAGGCAAGUGAAGAAGAAGGUGAAGAGUCUGACCACUCAGCCCCAGGUGAUGACAGCCCAAAGGAAUCAUCUGAGAGAUCGCCUCAUCUUAGUAUCUGAAGCAUGCUUGGACAACAGACUCGACCACAGGCCAAACUCUUCCUGUGAAAAGCUCAAGAUGGAACAUCAGCAGGUCAUGUCAGACCUGCAGAAUUUCAAGAAUGAGAAUAUGGAGGCCUCACAGAAUCUCAGUGAGCUGACCAAGGAGAAAGUCUUCCUUUGGAGCAGCAAAGAAUGGAAGAGAGACUCCAGAGCUUGUUGAAGCAGAGGGAGCUGGUCACACAGCAAAAACACUUGGCAUUAAAGCUGAAGCAUCAUUUGACUGUCUCUCAGAUGAGACCCAGGCUGAAGUUGGGGUAUGGAGCCAGUUGGGUCCCCUGUACCAGGGCUCUCUGUCCUUCGUGGGCUUUUGCUUAUCAGUAAGACUCCUUGCUCCAAGCAGGAGUAGACUCACACAGAACUCAGAUUAUUAUGCUGGUCCAGUCAAGAAGAACUUCUGUCCAGCAAACAAUAUGUUUGAUACUCCCUGGGUCUAUACUCGUGUCCCAUCUCUUUCUUCUGAUCUCUCUGGUAUGUUCUCAGCAGGCUUUCUUUGAACUCAAAGAGCUCUGCCUGCUUAUGCCUUCAAAGUGAUGGGAUUUAAAGUUAUGUCUCACCAUAUCUGAAAUUACAUGUUUAUUCAGGAAUAACACCUGUAGGGAUGAGAUUCACAUCAUUGUCACUAUUUGAUGUCACACUGGCUCACUUCAUUGUCUGUGCAUUCACCAUGUAAAGUGUACUGGGGAUAUAAUAAGUUUAGUCAUUGGCAGGAUGAACUCAGGCAGAUGUCUCUGCUGAGAAUUGUUCAGACCCUUCACAGAAUGUUGUGGAACAGACUUCUCAGGGAGUACCAAGAUACAGAUUCCCAGCUGUAGGCCUAAGGAUAACACAGCUGGUUUUGUUUAUUCCCAGAGUUCAUAAAGUUGCAAUGUUCUCAGACACAUGAAUCAAGAACUGCUGCUCUAUCAUGACAGGCUCUAUUUUGCAGGAGAGCUGAUUUUUCCACAUGACCUUAUUCAGUUGUCUAGUUUGCAAAGUUGUAUUAAGUCUCUAUAUAAAAAUGAGGUGGUCAAUGAAAAACUCAUCAUGAACAUUCUGUGUAUCUCCACUAUGUUGUUUUGUAUGACUUUAAUAUGCUAUUCCUUUUGUUUAAAUGAUGUCCCUAGACUGUAGG